CUUUUUUCCUGGUCCAAUUGCCUGUUGAACCAAAUUCAAACAAAAUGAGCUACAUCACCCGCCGGGCCCUUUCGACCCUGAUUCCUCCCAAGAUUGCUUCUCCUAACGCAAUCGGGGCUGCCCAGGAUGCCGCUCGCAUGGAACGUGUCGUGAACUUCUACGCCAAGCUUCCCCGUGGUGCUGCUCCUGAGACUAAGCCCACCGGUAUCUUGGGCCGCUACCAGGCUCGCUACUUCAACAAGAGCGGCUCUGUCACGCCUCUCAUCCACGCCGUCGGUGGUAUCCUGCUUAUCGGAUACAGCAUGGAGUACUACUUCCACCUCCGCCACCACAAGAACCACCCCCAUUAAGCUCUAGCGUGAGGAGCACUGAUGUAUAUACUUCCUGGACUAGGAAUUACAAUGGUGCAAAGGGAGUCUUAAAUAUUCAUUGUCUUCGUGUGUCAGGAUCACUUUUCAAGCGAACACAUAGCGUAGCUGUCUCGUAGUCUGUUGAACCGAUUGUAUCUAUUUGUGGGCUACAACCAGUGUCUCAAACAAGGACUUUUCAUGGUAGACUAAUGCAACAAUUAUUUCACAUUCAAGGCGUUCUCAGCCAGAAAGUUCUUAUUUGGACACAGAUAGCUGCCAAACCUAGACAGC